AGCAGAGCUCCGGUCGCGUGCUGUAGAGUAGCGGGCUGUGGCGCCAUCUUCCCAUCGGCUCCACCGUCCAAGCGCGCGGGUCUCCGCCCGCCUUCAACCGCUUUUCACAGCCUCUCUACACGCAGAACAACCGCGCUGACCGGAGCCGAGCGGCCUGCGGAGCGUCCUCCUCUUUCCUGUGUACAGCAGUCUCAUCGUCUGCCUGUUCACCAGCACAAUGGCUGACAAAAACACGAGGAUCGCUAUCGUCAACCACGACAAGUGCAAGCCUAAGAAAUGCAGACAGGAGUGCAAGAAAAGCUGCCCUGUGGUGCGGAUGGGUAAGCUGUGUAUUGAAGUCACGCCGCAGAGUAAGAUUGUGUGGAUCUCGGAGUCUCUCUGUAUCGGCUGUGGUAUCUGCAUCAAGAAAUGUCCGUUUGGUGCUCUGUCGAUUGUAAACCUACCAAGCAAUCUGGAGAAGGAGACCACGCACAGAUACUGCGCCAACUCCUUCAAACUGCACAGGUUGCCCAUUCCACGUCCUGGAGAAGUGUUGGGGUUGGUGGGCACUAACGGAAUUGGGAAAUCCACCGCUCUGAAAAUCCUGGCUGGGAAACAGAAACCAAACCUGGGCAAAUUCGAUGCUCCUCCAGACUGGCAGGAGAUUCUGGCCUAUUUUAGAGGAUCCGAGCUGCAGAACUAUUUCACCAAGAUCCUGGAGGACGACCUGAAGGCCAUCGUGAAGCCACAAUACGUCGACCAGAUCCCCAAAACCGUGAAGGGGUCAGUAGGGGCCAUCCUGGGCAGAAAGGACGACACUAAGACGGAGGAGCUGGUGUGUGAGCAGCUUGAUUUGCUGCACCUGCGAGAUCGUAACGUGGAGGACCUAUCAGGAGGAGAGCUGCAGAGAUUCGCCUGUGCAGUCGUGUGCAUCCAGAGAGCAGACAUUUUCAUGUUUGACGAGCCGUCCAGUUACCUCGAUGUGAAGCAGAGACUGAGGGCUGCCAUCACCAUCCGAUCCCUCAUCUCACCCGACAGGUAUAUCAUCGUGGUUGAGCACGAUCUGAGUGUCCUGGAUUAUCUGUCUGACUUUAUCUGCUGUCUCUACGGCGUGCCCAGCGCUUACGGAGUCGUUACCAUGCCCUUCAGCGUCCGAGAAGGCAUCAACAUCUUCCUGGACGGUUAUGUCCCGACUGAGAACCUGCGUUUCCGUGAGACGUCUCUGGUGUUUAAAGUGGCGGAGACAGCAGCUGAAGAAGAGGUUAAGAAGAUGUGCCGUUAUCAGUAUCCCAACAUGACCAAACGCAUGGGAGACUUCACCCUCAGCAUCACAGAGGGAGAGUUCACUGACUCUGAGAUCAUGGUGAUGCUCGGAGAGAACGGAACUGGGAAGACCACCUUCAUUAGAAUGCUGGCAGGUGGAUUGAAACCUGAUGGAGGAGGUGAAGUGCCAAUUCUGAACGUGAGCUACAAACCUCAGAAGAUCAGCCCCAAGUUUAAAGGCAGUGUUCGUGCUUUGCUUCAUGAGAAGAUCAGAGAUGCUUAUACACAUCCCCAGUUUGUCACCGAUGUCAUGAAGCCCAUGCAGAUCGAGAGCAUCAUUGACCAGGACGUUCAGAACUUGUCUGGAGGUGAGUUGCAGCGUGUUGCGUUGGCUCUGUGUUUGGGGAAGCCGGCUGAUGUUUACCUGAUUGACGAGCCGUCGGCCUACCUGGACUCCGAACAGCGUCUCAUGGCAGCCAGAGUCAUCAAAAGAUUCAUUCUUCAUGCAAAGAAAACUGCAUUCGUGGUGGAGCACGACUUCAUCAUGGCCACCUACUUGGCAGACCGAGUGAUUGUGUUUGACGGAAUUCCCUCCAAAACCACCUCCGCCAACACACCACAGACUCUGUUAGCUGGCAUGAACAAAUUCUUGGCACAGCUGGAGAUCACCUUCAGGAGAGACCCCAACAACUUCAGACCAAGAAUCAACAAGCUCAACUCCAUUAAGGACGUGGAACAAAAGAAAAGCGGCAACUACUUCUUCCUGGAUGACUGAAGGGUCCAUUCCAGAAAUAAUCAAAUUCCCUCAGUGGUCCCUCUCCACUGGGCCACCUCUCUCUCUCUCUCUCCCAGUGCAUGACCUUGGCUCACAAGAUGAAGCACUGGGAGCGUUUACUUUAUAAACACUGACUGACGCAUCAACUCCACCGUUCAGAACAGCGGGUCCAGUUCCAGUAGCUCUGAAUAUCCUCCUCUGCCUCACCCCCUUCACCUCAGCAGUGCUCAGAGAGACCGAGGUGGUUUAGCUGAUGAUGGUGCUGAAGAGGGUGGGGGAGAGGAUGCUGUUUAGAAAUGUAUCGAAGGGACCUAGAAAGACUGGUUUCUGGGUGACCAAUUAUAAAAUAAAAUAGUAAUUCAUGUGUUUUUACUGGUCACAAAGUGCUGCAAUGGAGAGGGUGAGAAACUAGCCAAACAUCAACUCUGUAUAUUCUAAAUAAAAAUAUUUUAAUCAUUAUAUCACAUCAUACAGCUUAUUAAACAGCCAGUUUCUCCAGA